CUUGAAAAUUGAAAUUUUAUUGAUUUCAUUCUCUCUACUUCAUAGUCAGGGGAAGAUUUCAGAAGUUAGAACAUAUUUUAUUAAAUACAUUGCCUUCUUGCGAUGUGGUGGUGUUUUGUAAUAACUACAUAUAUGAUUAUUCAGUGUUUUGGUCACUUUCAAAAAUCUACUUAGGUAUUAUAUUUUUAAUUUUCAUUCAACAACUGUUCAUAAUAUUAAAAUGCACUCCGAAACAGAAAUAUUAUCUUUCAUCGAUUUACUUGAUUUAGACGAGGAAAUUAUAGAUAGGAGAGCGAAAAAUAUUAUGGAAAAGAAAAAUUUUACAAAUGAACAUCUUUCUAAUUAUAUCAAUUUGCUCCAAUAUAAACAGUUAAUUAAUAAACGUGAAAAUAGUGAAUGCGAAAAUGAAGAAGAAUACAAUUUCGUUGCUAAACUUUUAUCUAAUGUGACUGAAGACAACAUCGACUAUAUAUGUAAGAUAAUUCAACUGGUAUUAUUAUUACAUCCAAGUAGUUUAGUGAGUAAGUCGGAACACCUCAUACAGCAAAUAUUAUUUGAUAUAUAUCUACCAUCACCCAAAGAAACGUUGAUCGACACAGAAAUUCAGAAGCUGAAAACUACGCUGCUACAAUUAAAAAUUAUUACUAGCAUUUUAACUGCAGUCACGUUAAGCUGCAACACAUUGUCGUUACUUUUUGUAGACACUCCUCUUGAAUGUAUAGUAUUUAGCAAUGAUGAAAAGUUACAAGUUUACUUCCUUAUAAACACUGUGCCCCGGUUAUGUGCUGCUGUCACGGGGUACAAUAUACUUGACAGAAUAUGGAAUGUACUUAAAGAAAAUAAAGAUAACGCUCGGGAGACAGCAUUGCAAGUAUUAUGUUGCCUCGCCAACUACUACCUGCCUGAAAUUGAAUCGGACACUGUUGAAUUAAAAUCAGAAGUCAUUUCUCAAACCGAAUUUUGGGAAUUUGUCAUAUUUGGCAUGUUAAAUAAAGAUUACAGCAAUACCCUUCGGAAAAAAUCAAUUUACUUGGCCAAAAGAGCUGUAGAGUGUGCGGUAAAGAGUAAUAAAAACAUUACCAUUAUGUCCGAGAGUAUUUGUUUCUUUUGGCAUAUCGAUCAUAAGAAGGUGCUCAAGAAACUGUGGGACAAUUAUUUUAUUUUAUUAGACAGUUUGGAGGAAAAACAGGGUAAUAUUGUACUUCCGUCUCUCAAAUUAUUUGAUACUAUAGUAAGCCUCGGCUGUUGUUGGAGAAACUGCGCAUUUCUCAUUGGUUUAUCUCAUAAUAACACUCAAGUAAGAUAUCAAUGUUUGAAAUACCGUCUUCAAAUUGGAAUAUCAAGCGAGCUGGAAGCUGCAAUGGUAUUGGAAGCUAUAAAUGAUAUCAAUUUUUUUGAAAAUGACUUACAGUGCCAAAUUCUGAGAGAUAAAUUAAAAUAUGUCAUGAUGGACGUAGGUUCACUAAUGAACAUUCUAAAAUGUGCUCCAUCAAUAAAAUGGUCACCCGUACCUCUGUUCCACUUGACGACAACACUCUCAGGUAUUGACGUUGAAAAACUACUAGUCAACAUAAAUCCUUUAGUACUAAUGGAUUUAAUAUGUGAUGUGCUAAAGAUACCAUGUAAUAAUAUAGUUAUAAGAAAGGCUAUACAUGUCAAUAUAUCUCGCUUCGUUGGAACGAAUUGUAAAAAAUUACCGUGGAAGGAAUACAUGAAUUUAUAUAUCCAUUUACAAUCUGAUGUUUCACAGAGUAUUGACAAUGCCUGCAAUCAAUUUAUUAAGCAUAAUCUUAAUGUACCGGAUAUGGAAGAAUUCUUGAAGUUCUUACCAACCUCUCAUAAUAAUAUAGACUUCGCUCUUUUAUACUUCGAAGGUCACGAUGCUGGUGAUUUCUUAUCAUUUAUAAGUAAUAUGGUCAAUAAUAUUCAGAAUAUAAGCAGUAGACAGUAUUCUAAUAAAAAUGAAUGCUUAGAUGAAGCUAUAUUUAUUGUUCAACUUUAUAAAAAAAUAAUACAGAAAAACCGUGGUAUUUUUCAAGAAUUAAAUAAAGCUGUUCCGACUGCUUUGCAAACAAUACUAGAAUAUACUUUAAGUUUACUCACAACUGAUAGUAAUUUUGAUAUUGAAAAAACUAUUUUGUUCUUCGAGGGUCUAGAUUGUAUGAAUGUGAAUCUACCGCCGCAGGACAAUCAGUAUUUAGUUCAUUUAUAUAAAUCUGCGAUACUGUUGUUAAAAGGUAACAAUACAGACUUAGAGAAGAGAGUUAUGAGUAUGUUUGUUUGCAACACGUGUUUAAAGGCGCCUAUUAUGUUUAGGCGCUUCAGAAAAGAAGUAGUGGAUUUAGUGGCGUUCAUAAAUAUAAUGAAUACAAUUAAAUUUAAUGAAAACACUAACAAAGAGGACAGUGGCCGUUUAAGGAAUGUGUUUUAUGAAAAGUCCGGAGAAAUUGUCUACCUACUGUCUUUGUACUUCCAAGGUACUCUUAAGAAUGAUUUUGUGGUAUACAUUAACAACAUAUUAGACUCUGGAGGCUAUGGAUGCUUAAAAUGGGUUUUUCGGAUAACAAACCGAAUUUUUCCAUCUAUACUUAAAAAAGAUGAUAUUGAAUUUGACGUGACUGACUUUUUGAAUUUGGUGUGGAAGGAAAUUGAGGAACUGAAAUCGAAUGCUCAGUACAAUGUGUGUAUUAAAGAGUUUGCCAUACUAAUAACACAGGAUUCGCUACUCAGGUCACCGGAAUAUCAUAAUAUGAUACUUUCAUAUGCCAAGAAGAUGAUUGAUUAUGCUGCUGUUAAAAGUGCACCAUUAUAUUUCUUAGUGAAGCGAUUUAAUGAAAUGAAAGUUUCCUCUUAUACUCCAACGAUCUAUAUUUUGUGUGACAUCCUGCUUUACACAUUUCUCCCAAGGAAGGAAAAUAGAAUCACUGAACAUUUGAGUAUUGAAAUUUUGGGAAAUCUCAAAUAUGGAAUCAAACAUUGGCCAAGCUAUUUUACUUGCAACAUAAAAAUAAUAGCGGUUGCCGUACUCAGUAAUAUAGUGGAUCCAGUCGUACUUAACACUAUGACGGAAGUGAUUAUUAAGAGGUUGGAGGAAUUAUUUCAAAACAAACAGCGAUACUACUCGAAUUCGCUCCAUGAAAGGUCACUGGAGGCGGCCAUACAGACCUUGCUCUUUAUUUUCUUUAAAUGCAGGAAGAUUAAUUUGGACAGUAUUUUGAAUUGGGUUAUGCAGUUCAUGGGUAAAAUGCCUCACCAACCCUACGUCAGAACUUACUUAGAGUGGUACGUCGCUCUAAAUUAUUACUACAAGGGAGACGAAAUCAACGAAAAGAUGCUCAUGGAAUUCAAGGAAAAUCAUCUGCCACUCCAAUCUCAAUUCAUGAUACUGUACUGGAUCACGGCCCACAAAAUAAAACAAAGAACUUGCCGACAAGAAGAAUUCGAAUAUAUUAUGGACUUUCUUAUGGAGAAUAUCAUGGGACCGACAUACACAACUCGGAUGUACGCACAGUACUUUUGUUCAAGACUUCUCGAAUCGAACUCACAAUCAAGCAAACUCAAAGCAGAAAAAUACGAGUACACAGUGAAUGUAAUAAAUAGAACACUGGAUGAUGCUUUAAAAUUGAAGGACAAAAGUUUUACGAAACUAACAAAAGAUUAUUAUAUACAGAUUUUUGACAUAGUUGAAGAUUUAACGCCCUACGCCAUAUUUUGGGGCUUGCCACAACUAUACGAGGGUUUUAAUGAUAAUAUUGAUACGAGAUUAUUGGAAAGGUAUCUCCAAGUGUUCAACGAGGGCGUGGUUGGUGAAACGGAUAAAUUCUUUGAUGAAUGGUUUAUCGGGCAUAAGCAUUACUGGACAAGAAUGAGAAUAAAUCUACCACCGCAAUUGAAGAAAGAUACUUGUGAGUUUUUGGAAGAAUCGGGAACGAUUCAGAAAAAAUAUGUCCCGUGGAGAAACAUGAGUGACAUCGAUGUUUAUAAUAUGGAAAAGAAAACAGACAAAAGUAAUCUAAUAUUGGUAGCGUCUCUCAUCGAUAAACUACCAAAUUUAGGAGGAAUGGCUAGAACCAGUGAAGUAUUCGGCGUUCAGACUUACGUUGUAGAUAGUUUGAAACACUUGCAAGCCAAACAAUUUCAAGGAUUGAGUGUAUCAGCAGAACGUUGGAUCAACGUUGAAGAAGUCCGUCCCGGGCAACCAUUGAGGGAGUAUCUAUUGAACAAAAAAGCCGAAGGCUACACAGUAGUCGCAGCUGAGCAAACAUCAAACAGUACAAUGAUUCAGAAGUUUAAAUUUCCAAAGAAAACACUUCUAUUACUUGGGCACGAAAAGGAAGGCAUUCCUUGCGAUCUGUUAUCGUUAAUGGACAAUUGCGUCGAAAUACCGCAACAAGGCGUCAUCCGAUCUCUCAACGUACAUGUCACUGCAGCCAUAUUCAUUUGGGAAUACGCCAGACAGAAUAUGUUGUAAUUGUCUAAACUAUGUUAUUGUUCCUUUAAUGUCUAUGAUUAAUUUUGGUGUUGUCUUCGAUGUUGUGACAUAUAUAAUAGAUGUUACAACAGAUAUUGACUUUGUAACUGUCACCAAUGUUGUAACAGAUAUUUAUUGUUGUUGAUGUUGUAAAAGAUAUUUCGUAUCGAUGUUGCAUAUACUCUUAUUGAUGUUAUAAUCAGUGUUGUAGUUAUCAUCAAUGCCAUAACAUGUCUGUUGUCUACGAUAUAAUAGAUGUUGUAACUUGUAACAGGUAAUAAUAAUAAUCAGCGAUAUUGUAAUCUCAUUGUCGUCAAUGUUGUAAAAGAUAUUAAUAAAAUAUUUGUUUAAAAGAGUAACUACUGAGUUUCUUGCCGGUUCUUCUCAGUAGAAUCCACAUUCCGAACCGGUGGUAGCUUCACAUUUUAAUGGAGUUGUUAUGGACGUGUACACACUGUUAUUGAUGUCAUAAUAGAUAUUUUCAUCGAUGUUGUAAUAAAUAUUAUCACACAUUCCGAACGAGGUAAUAAGAGUCAUCGAUGUUCUAACACAUAUUGUCAUAGAUGUAACAGAUACAAUUAUGUUGUAACUUAUUUUUAUUAAGGAGUUUAUUUUAUGUUUUUAUUUAUGUAUAAUUUGUUCGACUUUUAACUGCGUUCCUUCAAAUAGCGGGGUGUGUAGAUGUAAUUAAUCACGUUUGGCAUUUUCAAAAAAAAAAACCUAGGUCAUAAUAACACCUACAGAACCCUAUUCGAUGGAAAGCAGUUGGAAUUCGAACACCAUAUAUAAUGUUUAUUUUAUAUACAACAAUUGUUUUAAAAAUUAAAUUGAAAUAAAAUGGAUAC